UUGUCAUUGCCAGUCACGCAUCAUUGAUUACAAUUUGCACUCGAUGUAUUGGGGCUAAACUUAAACAUUUUGAUUCAUUUAUAUUUUUAUAAUAACGUUAUUUGCUAAACAAACUAGGUCUAAAAACUUUGCUUUAUUAACAACGCGUUCAUUCUAUCACAACAGCAUGGCGGAUCGACUAACACAAUUACAAGAUACUAUUAAUCAGCAAGCUGAGCAUUUUUGCAACAGUAUCGGGAUACUACAACAAUUUUCUACGCCGAGCAAGUUUCCUGGGUUCGAUCGUAGUGGCUCUCAAACUCCGCAACAACAACAGAACCAAGAAGAUUAUGCUAUGUUAUUUGCAACAUUAAUUUCCCGCUGUGCAAAGGACAUUGAUACACUUAUUGAAUCCUUGCCCAGUGAAGAAAGUUCUACAGAACUUCAAGUACAAAGCUUAAGGCGCUUAGAAGCUGAAAAUAAGGAGGCUGCUGAGCAGUUAGAAGAAGUUGUGCGCCAAGGUGAGAUUCUGCUUGAAAAGAUACAAGGUGCUCUAAGUGAUAUUGCACAGUCUCAACUCGACAUGCAGAACCCAGUACUCAUCCUUAAUAAAGAUAUCAAACCACAGUUAUAGGAUUUGAGGAGGCCCGGCGGUUACCAUCGUCGGUGAUACUUUUGGUAUAGGCUAAAACUAUGUGUAAACCGAAUGAGUAUGUAAAAUUAAACCCAAAAUAGUUAAAAAGUAUUAAUAAUUCAAUUUGCUCAAUCAGAAACUUCACUAAAUUAUUAAAAAAUUAGGCAACA